CUAAAUUGACCCGUGAAUUUGUAAGUACAAUGGCACGGGAUGUGAAUGAACAAGAUAUAAACAACAAAAGGGUUGGGUUUGGUUUAUAGCCUUAAGUUUGUGGUCAAUUUGAAGCACAAAAAACCUAAUCCGUGACUAUAUAAUCUUUAAUAUAUGGCUAUUUAUGCAUGAAAGAGAGUGAUAAGAACAUAAUUAGAGGUGAUGGGCUGCAAUUCACCUUUUAUGUUUAUGUUUCAAAGGUUUUUGUUUCUUCAUCUUCCUCCAUGGCUAAACUUUGUUGCCCUAUUGAAUUGGAGCCUAAAACCUUGAAAGAAGACCAGCUCAUCCAUGCUAGGGAGGUGGCUGCAGAUGUGGUUCAAAAGAUGGAACCAGAAGAAGCUCAAGCCUCUACUAUAUUCAUUAAGGGAAUGACAGCAGUUGUUUCAAUCAAGGAAAUGGAUAAUAUUGAAGAAAAUGGAUAUGGGGAAGAUGAUAAGAGGCUUGCUGCUGAUUGCAACAAGGAGAGUUCUGAAAUUAUUGACAGUCCUUGCCAAUGCUCAGUGAUUAGUACUAGUACUACUAACUUAGAAUUUCCAGAACAAAUUAAGGAGCCCCUUUCAGCCCCUUUUUGAUUUUAUUUUGUUAAUCAUGUCAUAAAUGUUUAUUUGCUUGACUCUAGUUUCUGGAAACUAAUUUUAUGAUGUGAAUCAGCUUCUAAUUGGUCAUACUUGUUAUUUAGAUCACUUUACUAUUUUUAAA